AAAAACUUGCAUUUUUAAUUUAGAAAAUGCAUUUAUACUUAUUAUCAAGAAGAUUCCGUUUUAAUAAUAACAAAUUACACAAAGUCUACUUAUCGACGCCUUCUCAUAAAAAGUGGCAAAGUGUUGUGGGUUUGGAAGUUCACGCUCAGUUAAAUACGGAAUCUAAAUUGUUUUCCGGUGCUCAAAACACUUUUGGUGGGUUAGUGAACAAUUGUGUAUCGUUAUUUGACGCUGCAAUACCCGGGACAUUGCCUGUUUUGAAUAGAAAAUGUGUGGAACUAGGAAUUUUGACCGCAUUGGCCCUUUCGUGUAAAGUGAACGAAGUAUCGACUUUUGACCGAAAACAUUACUUUUACGCUGACUUGCCCGCUGGCUAUCAGAUAACACAACAAAGAGCCCCAUUAGCUAGCGACGGUGUUAUAAAUUUUCAGGUAUUCACACCAGGGGUCCAUAAGAAGCCAUAUAACAAGAGUUCAAAGAUAAAGCAGAUACAACUGGAGCAGGAUAGCGGCAAGUCCUUGCAUGAUGCUGAGCUGAAGCGAAGCCUCGUAGACCUGAACAGAGCUGGGGCACCUCUCAUAGAACUUGUCUUUGAACCUGACUUGGAGGAUGGGGAGGAAGCGGCGGCAUUGGUCAAAGAGCUGGUGCUGAUAGUGCAAAGGCUAGGAGCAUGUACGGGACGCAUGGAGGAAGGAGCGUUGCGAGUUGACGCGAAUGUGUCCCUGCGGCGCGUCGGCGAGCCCCUGUCUACCCGCACUGAGAUCAAAAACAUCGGUUCAGUGCGUGGCGUGGCGGGCGCUAUUCGCCACGAAAUCGACCGACAGCGCACAAUACUGGAUAGUGGCGGUCGCAUCACCAACGAGACGCGGGCCUGGGACGCAGCAGCCAAACUCACCAUUCCCAUGCGCGACAAAGAAGUUGUUCAAGAUUACAGAUUCAUGCCCGAGCCAAAUCUUCCGCCGUUAAGAGUCAAUCUCAGUACAAAAGAAGACACACAAGACGUCAUCAGCGUUCCACUUGUGAAGGACAAAAUACCAGAACUACCGGAACAAACUAGAAGAAAACUAGUUGAACAGUACGAGUUAAAACCAGAGGCCUCCAUACAACUUGUUAACGAACCUGUUUUACUUGAAUAUUUCCAUAAAAUCACCACAAAUAAAGCCAGAAACCCCACUAAAGUUGCUAAUUUGUUACUCAAUGAACUUUUAACGAUACUAAAUAAGAGGAAAAUAGAUGCGGAAAACUGCCCCGUCACAGAUAACCACUUAGCAGAUUUAAUAGAUUUCUUAUUACAAAACAAAAUAAAUUUGAACAUCUGCCGAGCGACUAUCGAUGAACUCAUUGAAGACUCAACGUUGACUGUUAAAGAACUUAUUAAACUUAAAGGUUGGUUCCUAAUAACAGAUGAAAAGGUGAUAGUGGACAAAUGUAAAGAAAUUAUAGAAAACAAUCCAAAAAUUGUGAAACAAUAUAAAGAGGGGAAAGUCAAAGUAUUCAACGCUCUGUUAGGCUUAUUAGCUAAAAGCACAGAUAAUAAAUUCGAUAUGUCACUUGCAUCUGAAAAGAUGGAAGAGUUGUUAAAGAAAUAAAUUUGUAAAUAUUUU